GUCGUAGCCAAUGCACAAACCGUGCGAGCCAUUAUAAUAAUAAAAAAAGUGAGGUUUCGUAAUGUCGAUAAAGGAGUUCGCCGUCUGAUGCGCUAGCAUCACUAGUCACUAGUUUGUGUUAGAGUAAUAAAGUUCUGUGAGUCUGUUGUAAGUGAUGCUGUACGUGCUGAUGCUUGAGAGAUAAACAAAACAACUUUUGAUUUAUGUAUUGUUUAAUAUAUUUUUAAAAGUGAGCUAGUUAAAGAAAAUGGAAUUUAGCAUAGGCACAAGGAAAAUAUUUAACUUUGUGAUGGAAGAUUGGAAAUUGUUGUUAGGUUUAACCAUUAUAUUCUCCGUAUAUUUUUAUUACACAAGUACCUUUGACUUUUUCGAAAAGAAAAAAGUUAAAUUUAUGAAACCAACAAUAUUUCUUGGUAAUUUGGGUCAGAGGCUAUUAGCCAAAAAGUCAUUUCAUGCCUUUCAAUUAGAUAUUUAUAAUUACUUUAAAGGAAAUCCAUGUGGAGGAUUAUUUGAAGGCCGAAGGCCAGUUUUGUACCUACUUGAUUCUGAACUUAUUAAGGCUGUUACCAUUAGAGACUUUGAGCAUUUUGUGGACAGAAAUGCUCUGAAUUCCAAUGAACCAAGAUAUUUAAAACAGUCACUAUUAAAUUUAAAGGGUUCGGAAUGGAAAGGUGUUCGAAGUACACUGACUCCAGCUUUCAGCUCGGCACGUUUAAAAAAUAUGCUGCCUCUGAUUGAAAUGUGCUGUGAACAAAUGAUAGUAUAUUUAAAACAAUAUGAUAAAACCGAAGUAGAGAUGAAAGAUAUCAUGGGGCAUUUCACACUGGAAGUCAUCGGUGCAUGUGCUUUCGGAAUAAAAUGUGAUGCUCUGACUGAUGAAAAUGCAAAAUUUCUAAAGGUAGCUGAAAAAUUUAAUUACAUGCCAAAGUUUAAAAGGAUCAUCAUAUUCUCCCUACUCAUGUUCAUACCAAACUUGAUUAAGUAUUUUAACAUCUCUUUUUUAUAUACUCCUAGUAUUGAGGAGCUAGUAAAAAUCUUGAAAGCAGCUAAAGAAGAAAGAAAAUCAUCGGCGAUCAAAAAAAAUGAUUUCCUCCAACUUCUUAUUGAUGCUGCAGAAAAUGAAAAGUCCGAUCCAACAUCGAAAAAAUAUCUAGAUGAUGAUACUAUAGAUGCGCAAUCGCUGCUUUUCCUAAUUGCUGGUUACGAAACAUCCAGUACCUUGCUGUCUUUUGCUGUGCAUGUACUAGCAACGAAGCCAGAACUCCAAAACAGGCUUCGAGAACACGUUAUAGAAGUAACAAGUGGGAAAACUAUUGAUUAUGACUUGUUGUCACGAUUAUCUUAUCUCGAAGGUUUUCUGCUGGAAACUUUAAGGAAAUAUCCUCCAGUAUCUCGUGUGGACAGAAAGUGCACUAAAAACUACACAUUGCCUGGCACAACAGUGCAAAUCAAAGCUGGCGAAACUGUAGCGAUUCCAAUCUAUGGCAUACAUAUGGAUCCAGACAUUUAUCCCAACCCUGAUGAGUUCCGUCCAGAGCGGUUUAUGGGUGAUGAGAAAAAGGAGAGACCUUCGCAUUUGUUCUUACCCUUUGGAGCAGGUCCAAGAAAUUGUAUUGGGCUCCGCUUCGCCAUGUUUUCAGCAAAACUAGCGAUGAUUGCACUAUUGAAGAAUUUCAAAUUUUCAACAUGUUCUAAAACAGUUGACCCUAUAGAGUUUGACAAGAAAACUAUUUUGUUAAAAGCAGAAAGUGGCUUGUGGGUCCAUCUUGAAUCUAUUUAGUAAGUGUUACUCUGUUACUCAGUAUAUCUGAAUAUUACGACCGCACUUGGAGAUUGCUAUUUCUUUUAAGUAGGAUUAAUUUAAAUUCAUGUCGUCAACGAAGAUACACUAUCACUUAGAACACCAUAUAAAUAAGUUGAGGUAGGUCUUACAUUUCGAUGAUUUAUUUAGUCGAGCGAUUUGUUUUUCAAAACCCAGAUUAUUAAAUGCUGCAGUGCGAUUCUGUAAAAUAAAAUUUAACUUCUUAAUUGGACAACUGCCAUUUUAGACACAAGUUUGAUAUGAAGCAGCCCGUAAUAGAUAUUUGAGAAUUGUUAAAAAUCCGAAUAUAUGAGAUCGUCAGUGAUAUUGUAUCUUACAGAAUCGACACGCAGAUUGUAAUUGAGAUUCAUCGGUGAUGAAAAUUUGCGCUUACUGAGGUCUAUCACUGCUCACGGGAUAGGAGAAUAUAAUACCUAGUCAGGUCAUAAAUUCUGCCACAUGUUUAAUAUAAAAUAAUUGAAACAAGUUUAUUCAUUAUGUAACCAUUUAUAUACCAAAAUGAACUUAACAAAACAUAGAUUCUUAUGAAAAUAAAGUUUAUUCAAAAUGACCUCCGUGAUUUUGAAUACAGGCCUUCAAUCUGCGCGGCCAGUAGUCUAUCGCAGCACGAACGAGGUCCAUGUCAAUAUCGGCGGCUGCCUUAAUCAAGGAUGUCUUGAGUGACUCCAAAUUGGGAUGAGGCUUUGAGCACGCCUUUUCCUCCAAGUGUUGCCAUAUCUUGUAAUCUAACGGACUCAAAUCUUGACUGGAGGAGGGCCAGUCUUCCUGCCGGAUGAAGUCGAUUUCACGCACCGCCAGCCAGUCUUGUGUGCUCUUCGCUCUAUGAGCUGGCGCCGAAUCUUGUUGGAAUACCCAGUGCCUGUUCUUGAACAUGGUAUGAGAAACAGGUUCCACAAGGUUCGUCAGAACUGUAUUUUGAUACACAACUGCAUUCGUUUUUACACCUUUCUCACAAAAAUGUACCUCUGUUAAGCCCCAAUAUGAAACUCCCAACCAUACCAUGAGCGAGGAUGGAAAAUGACCUCGUUGGACACGCGGAAUACGGUUGCUCGCUUCUUCACUACUGUGUACGUACACCUUAUCAUUUUGUUUGUAGUAGCUCUCUUCUACGGUAAAAAUUUUUUCAUCCGAAAAAAGAAUUUCCCGAUAUUUUUUUCCCGCGUACCGCUUCAACAAAGCCCUAAGUCUUAUUGAACACCCUUUUCACCGUGGUUCUGCUUAACCCCAUCUGAAGGGUCAACAGUUUCUGCUUACGUUUGGAAUUUCUUUGAAUUCGUGCCUUCACAGCUUUUAUUCACUGUUGGAGUCCAACAGACCGAGGGCGACCACUUCUUGACCUGUCAUCUACACUAGAGUCUUCAUUGUAUCGUUUGAUGGUACGAUAAACUAAUCUUUUGUUUAUAUUCAAAAUUUUCAGUAUGUCAAAAAUUUGAAUUGGCGCGUAACCGCAACGAUGCAACGCAAUAACUGCAACACGGUCUUCUUUAAGCGUCCACUCCAUAUUUAAAAAAUGGGUAAAAUUCUAAAAAGUAUACAUUUUUAUUUUCAUGAACAAUUCGAAAUUCGAAUUCAAUAAACUGUUUUGUAGCCAGCAUUCUAAAAGAAAAGUUAUUACUGUGUGACAAUACUUAUGACCUGACUGUGUAUAAUAGGAUCGACUGAUCUCGACAUGUUCGGGUUCGCGGCAGUCCACAUAGUCUGUAUAUGUGGACUGCGUUGCCCGAAUACGCGCAGGUUUAGUUAUCAGAGUGCUUCGUUUUACAUGCAAACGUACAGUUUCUUUCUUUAUCCUUCAUGGAUCUAAUUCAAUUGACAUUGCUUAAUAUAUACUCAUUAAUAGCAGGCAAAGUAUAAAAUGGAUUUAAAUCACAAUGUACAACAAAAUCUUAAAACGUGUAUUUAACCAGAUAGUUGUCAUAUCACAAAGUACAAAUGCAGUAACAGUAUAAAAUUUAGAUUUUAGUAAAAGUAGCUAUAAAGAAUCCUAUAGUAUCUCUAUAAAUUGGUUCAGUUGGUCUUAGCGGAUCUAUUUCAGGGCUGAAUCUCUGUACCAUCAUCCUUUGCUCGUCACUUAGUCCACAUCCUUGCAAUCCCGGACUUCCGUGUAGAGGAUCUGCUCGAACUAGCUUCAAACAAGGAAAUUUCUCUAGAGCCCAUAGUACCAUACCUUCAUUUUCAUCAACUGUCACUGUACAUGUACUAUAUAUUAAUCGCCCCCCACUUUUUAGAACUUGUACAGCAGCACUCAUUAGUUUUCUUUGAACAAAUUUAUAUGAUUCUAACAUUUUGGGAGUCAUUUUAUUCAUAAGUUGAGGUCUUUGACCUAAACCACUGCAAGGAGCAUCAAGUAGCACUUUAUCAAAACUAUGAGAAGGAUAAGGUGGACUGCCAUUGAUCCCAGUACUAUUACUUGAAAAGCAUUUUGUGGAAUCAAAUGAGUAUGCUUUAACACACUGUACUCCUUGUUUGCUACAGUUUUCUUUUAUCUUUACUAUUUUCUGGGGGGUCUUAUCCAAUGCUAUUAUUAUGGCCUCAUCAUUACUCAUUUCUGCUAAAUGUGUUGUCUUGUUUCCUGGCGCAGCACACAUGUCGAGAAUAUAUUCAUUAGGUCUUGCGUCGACUACCCAACCACAUACAAUAGAUGGAAGAUUUUGUAGUACUAAUACACCCUCUGGAUAUAUUGCUUCAUUUAUAACAGGUAAUCUUGAAAUUGGCAUAAUUGUCUGUACAGCAAUUCCACUGGGCUGAACACCAUUAUCAAAUAGUUCAUAUCUUAACAUUUUUAAAAGUCCUGUGCCUACAAAUAGUUUUUUACCAGUGUAGGCAAUUUUCAGGCCCCUUUUACAAUGACCCUCCAGAUCACCAUAGAUUUUAACUUUUUCAUUAAGAUUACAAUCUAAAAUAAAAUAAGAAAAGUGAACAUCUUAAUACAGGUAGCCGUUGGUUUUAUAUAAAAUAUUAAAUUACAGUUGACAUAAAUCAGUCCGGUAUUUUAAAGUUAUGUAAAUAGGAAUUAGCAAGGUUGCUCUGAUUUUUUUUAAGAAAAAAUGUAACAGAUGCGCCUAAAUUCUUAACAAAUUCGGUAUUACCGAUGUUCGGCAGCUUUUACCGAACUUUAUCUUCAGCC